UGUAAUGUCAUGUGAAUUUUUUUAUCAGUAAAUUUCCAAGUUUCUGUUAUGUAAAUAGUACGCUUCUUAGUGUUUGGCAAAAGUGGUUCAAAUAAACAUUUCAAUAUGCUUUAUCUUAAAUUGUUUGGAUUUAUAAUUACUAUAUAUCAAAUCAAGUUUAUUCAGUAUAUUACUUAAAUUAAAAACAUAAAAUUUAAUUUAAGUUAUGGUAUCUAAUUUUAUUAUAUGUGUGAAUUUCCAGUAAAUUAAUCUGUCAAAAUGCCUAUUAUAAGCUCUAAUUUAAGAAAUAGACUCUCAGAUAUACUAUCUAAGUGGAGGAAAUGGAUCAAAACUGUUGUAAUGUUGAUAUAUGGUUUUUUUAUUCUACUCCUAUUACCUAAACUUAUUAUUCAGUCUUUUCAUUCUAAGAAGGACAGUGAUCCUGCAGUAUUUAUUGGAGGAUUUUUUGCAGUUUUAACCAUACCAAUAUCUCUUGUGGAAAUAAUUCAACACAUGAUUCAUUACUCUCGUCCACCACUUCAACUUCACAUAAUUAGGAUAUUAUGGAUGGUACCAAUAUACACACUGAAUGCUUGGAUGGGUAUUAUUUAUCCAGACCAGACCAUUUACAUGGAUUCAUUUCGUGAAUGCUAUGAAGCAUAUGUUAUUUACAAUUUUAUGAUGUAUCUGCUCAACUACUUAAAUGCUGAAGGGGAUUUUGAAGUUCAGCUUACAUCUAAGCCACAAGUAAAUCACAUGUUUCCUUUUUGCUGGCUAACACCCUGGAAAAUGGGCAGAGAGUUGGUUCACAACUGCAAGCACGGCAUCUUACAAUACACAGUUGUCCGACCUCUCACUACAGCCAUAGCCUUACUAUGUGAGUGGCUCGGAGUAUAUGGAGAGGGGGAAUUCGAGGGAGACAAGGCAUUUCUGUACAUCAUUGCAGUGAACAACUGUUCCCAGUUUAUAGCCAUGUACUGCCUGGUGUUAUUCUACCUAGCGAAUAGAGAACAGCUGAGGCCCAUGAAGCCCUUUGGAAAGUUUCUCUGUAUCAAAGCUGUUGUUUUCUUCUCUUUUUUCCAAGGUGUACUUAUAGCAGUGUUAGUCUACACAGAUGUGUUGUCAUCAGUGUUCCAUACUAAUGAUGAUGCCACCAAGACCAUGUCAGCCAAGAUACAGAAUUUCCUGAUAUGUAUUGAAAUGUUCUUGGCAGCCAUCGCUCACCACUACAGUUUCUCACACAAGCCAUAUGUAGAUGGGUUGCUGCAGCACCAGUCUCUUUGUGAGACUCUAAUGGCCAUGUGGGAUCUUCGAGAUGUCCAGGAUAAUAUCAAAGAACAUUUCACUGUUGUGGGUAGUGGACUGAAAAGAGCCAGGUCAGAAACUUCACCCUUGCUGGCCGACGUGUCUCGCAGUGUUGAGUCUGGCUAUCACAGUUUUACUGAUCUUAUCAAUCAUGCAUCAGGAUCUGUGGUGGAUGGUGAGCAAGGACCCUCGGACGCAGAGGUACCUGACAUGGAACUGAGUCAACAAGAUGAACCUGGCCCCACUGUCGCCUAAGUCAUUAGAAAGUAAAAAAUAGAAGAGAAGCCUGUAAGAUUGAGAGAAUUCCACAUAUUAUAUAUUCCCAUGUAUGUCUUUCAGUUGCAAAAAAAUAAGACAAUAACACAAAUUUAAAGAAUGUUUUGAGUCUUUGUUUAGUUGUGUUUAGUUUUGAAAUUGCAUAGCUUACUUUUUGACUUUAUCAUUGUUAUUUUUGUUUAUUGUAAACAAAGCCAAUUUGAUUGUGAUUUUAGAUAUUUUAACAUUAGUAUUAGGCUUUAGAGUAACUCCAAUGCAUUUCAUCCUCAAACUAUGUUUAAAAUAAUUUUUAUAUGGUAGUUGUUCAAAUUUUAUCUGUUUUUUUACUUAGCACUUAGUAUUAAUGGUUAGGGUUUACAAGCUAUUCUUUCUUUAGGAGAAAUGUAUCUGUAUGUGGUGUAUUAAUGUACAAUACUUAAAUAUUCUGUUUCCUUAUGAUAUUAACAUCUUCAUUAAUUUUUCUCUAUAGUAAACAGUUUAUUGGGA